AUGGUAAUAGUAGUAAUAUAUCAUUUUAAUUUUGUGAAAUUUUGGUUUAUCGGAACAAGUAUUAUUGCACAAUUUCACCUUCCUCAUGGUAAUUUCAAUACUUGGAUUCAUAUAAAUGUCGGAUGGGGUUUUGCUAUAACGAUAUCCGUUACAUCAGUAUCGCAUCUUUCAGGUGGGCACCUGAAUCCAGCAAUCUCAAUAAUGUUCUUCUCGAUGGGUAUGUUGGAUAUCAUAUCCUUACCGAUAUAUAUCAUCGCGCAACAUAUCGGUGCAUUCUUUGGUGCCGCAGCAACCUACGUUGUUUAUCGUGACGCAAUAAACAAUUACGAUGGUGGAAUCAGAGCAAUAUCAGGUGUAAAUGGAACAGCUGGCAUUUUUGCGACAUAUCCGCAACCAUACAUGUCUCCCUUAGCUACAUAUUUGGACCAGAUUGUGGGAACAGGUCUGCUUGCAUUUUGUGUACUAGUGAUUAUUGAUCCACGGAAUAAGAUACCCUCCGCAGCCCAUCCGUUAUUGUUCGGUAUAUCGUUACUUGUCAUUGGCUGCGGAUUUGGGAUGAAUUGCGGUUAUCCGUUGAAUCCCGCAAGAGAUUUUGGACCACGAAUAUUUACUUAUUUUAUUUACGGGAAAGAAGUUUUCACGCAUCCAUGGCGUUGUUGGUUUCUAGUGCCAAUAAUAGCUCCGACAAUCGGUGCGUUAAUUGGUGGGUGGUUUUAUAUAUUGCUAGUUGGAAGUCACAUACCGGAUCAGGAGUCAUCACCAAAUGAAUCACAGGCAAAAGAGAGAUGA